AUGGCAUUGGCUGGCCUGCUGUUCAACUGCCAGCCGUCUGAGCCUUACCUCACCGCGUAUCUCAAGAACGAUAAGGGACUCACAUCGGAUACUCUGGAUGCCUCUGUCUGGCCAUGGAACACAUACUCUGCCGUACCAUGGCUUCUGCUGGUGGCGCUCAUGGCCGAUAUCGCCGGACCAUGGCCUGUUCUUCUUCUUGGUGCUCUUCUUCGUCUCGCUACCCGUAAUCUCCUUCUCUUUGCCUCGGGCGUCCCGGCCAUGGCCGCCGCUCAGGUCACGUACGCAGGCGCAUCGGCUGUCAACACCAUCUACUUUGCCUACGUCUACAUCGCCGUCCCACGCAAACACUACGCCGCAGUCACAGGCAUUGUCCAUGCAGCCUGGCACGCUGGCAAUCUCGUCGGAUCGGCGGCCGGCCAAGCGUACGUCUCGGCCCACGGCGGAGUCCAUCACGCGCCGCUCGCUCAUCUCUUCUACGCCUCGCUUUUGUUUACCUCGUGUGGCACAGCGUCGCUUUUUCUCCUUCCCUCGCCGCGGGCUGCGCUGCCGCCGUCGGUCUUCUCGCUUGCCCGCGGCCUCCGCACGGCGCUGUCCGCCAUUGCGGCCCUCUACGACCACGCCGUCGUCCGUGCAUGGUCGCUGUGGUGGAUCGCGGUCUACGGUGCCCACUACGUCAUCGGAAACUACUACCAGACUCAGUUCUCCGACAUCCGCCCGCACGACGACAAGGCCUACGGUGCUGUGGAGAUGAUCAUCGAAGCCGGUUCGACCCUCGCCUCGGGCCUCCCGCUGGUCCUUGCCGCGGCCUCGCUGGCCUCGGCCUCGACUACCGCCGCCCUUGGCUCACUCUUGCUCUCGGGCUGCUACUUUGCGUCGACUCGACUCACCUCGUCGGUCUACUACUCGUUUGCCUUCAACACUGCUGCCAUCACCGCCUUUGCCGGCCUGUAUGCCGUCGCCUCCAAUGCCAUCGGCCGCGUUCACGGCGGCUCGGACGUCGAUUCGGACGCACCGCUCGUUGCCGACCCUCACUACGCCGUCGUCUUUGCGCUCAACACCCUUGUCGCCCUUGGCCUCGCCACUAUCGGCCAGGCCACUGGCGUUCACGCCGGCUACCACACCAACGACUACUACGUGCUUGCUGCCAUUGUCACGCUCGCCGCUGCUGUUGCCAUCACCGGCCACGGCAUCAUCACCGCCAUGGUCCGCUCUUCGCCGCCGCUCCCGGCCACUCGCCCGCUCCUCGAGUCGGCGGCCUCGAUUAACAUCUGA